GUUUCUGUGUCCUACAAAUGAUCGAAUUUGGCCUCUUACAACCAGAUCAGAUCCUCUAAUAUGAUUUUGGGUAGGAAAAAGGUCCAACCAACACUGCUUUGUGUCAGUCGGUCGGCACUCAGAUUCCUCUGUCCUUCUCAUCCAGCCUCGUGCUGCCUUUCCUGCUGCAAAGAGCACAGAGACCGUCAGAGAGACGGCAUCAGCCAAGACCAGCAACACCACAAGCAGCAGCAGCAGCAAGCACCCCCCUCCUCCUCCCUGCGUCUCCAUGUCUCAGGAAGCGGUGGCCAUGGUCCUCCCUCCCACCAGGCUGACCCCCACCCUGCUCCAGCCGUGCCACUCCUUUUUUGAGGAUGCUGAGAGGGUCCUCCGGCAGGUCCAACGACACAAGAAAACACUGGAGGAGAACCUGGAGGCCAUGCUGAGGGCUAGAGAUGGAGAGACCCUGCACUCCCAGUUAGAGGAUCUCUCCUGCAACAGGGACACCACAGAGAAUGUCAGGAUUAAGAAGACAGUGGAUGCAUGGAUCAACACCCUGAGUAAGGAUAUCCAGAAAAUGGUGUCCUGGCACAGCUGAGGAUUGACUAAAAACAUGGAGUUGAUGGCCGAUAUUUCAAUAGAAUACUUUGUUGCUCAGACGACAGCUAAAGACAAAGUGAAAGAGUCUGCUGUCGUGUUGCCCCAGAAAGACAGAGGGACCAAUGAGGACAACACCACCUCCAGGCUUAAAGAUGUGAAGACCAUGAUGCAGGAUGUAAACCCUCUGUCAGAGAGCAGCCAGAGGACAGGCGGAAAGCACUGAGGAGCUGAACAACAAGCACAAACACACCGCUGGCCCCAAUGUGAGACUGAUACCAUCUCUACCUCAAUAGGUGGUGAGCAAUAUGCUAGCACUGAACAUACACUCUGUUCUCUAGAUAGUGCACUACUUUAGACUUGGGCCUAUAGGGCUCUGGUCAAAAGUAGUGCACUAUAUAGAGAAUAGGGUGCCAUUUUGGAUGCAGACGAUGACAGCACUGAACAUACACCCCCUUCAGUAUAGAGCACUGAACAUACAACCCCUUCACUUCACUCAAUCAUCAACACACAAUUAGCAGGGUGACAUCAUAGCCCGUAUCUGUACUGUCUCUUUGAACAGAACUUUUGUCGCUGCUUUCUUUCUAAAACCCUGUAUUUACUUACGUAAUAUAGUUCUGCUUUUAGUGUUGAAUGACUUAUCGACGGUACUCAAACAACAAAGUGGUCACACCACUCUGUCGUGUACCUUGCUAAUCUUCUCAUCUGGAUGCAAACACAGUGUUUCUGAAGCGUCCGCCGAGGCUAUUUAACCAAAUGAGGUUUUCUAACUGGCCAUAUGUUUCCUCCAACAUUGAUUAGCUAUAAAUAAAAAGCACAAAACCUAAACCUGACAAAGGACAAGCCUGCUUAUCUCCAAGCUGCAUAGCU